AACACAAGUGAAUGACCCAAUAUAAAAUAAAAAAGACACUUGCGAAUCCGUCAAAGAAAAACCGGCGACCAAGCUACCUCUUUUUCAUCUCACCGAUGGUGCCACCGCCCACCGCCAUCGUUUCUCCGCCGGCAUUCGCACUCGCUCAUUCAACCCAACUCAAACCUUAAAGUCGUCUGUUCUUAGACGGUCCUUUGCUUAUUUGCCACGUAUCCAAGCUAUUACUCGUGAACUUUCAGUAUGUCUGAGGCAAUUGAGGAUGAAAAGGUUAUCGAAGAAGUAGAAGAAGAAAAAAUGAGUGUGGAAGAAGAUAAAUACGGAGGUGUUAUUCUAACUGUCCACAAGCCUAUGGAUUCUUCUUCCUUUGCUUCUAAACUGCAAGAUUCUAUUUCCCAUUGGAACAAGCACGGAAAGAAGGGAAUAUGGAUCAAUUUACCCAUUCUUCAUUCAAAUCUUGUUGAUUCUGCUGUCAAGGCUGGAUUUAAGUACCAUCAUGCUGAGGCAGAUUACUUGAUGCUUGUAUAUCAGAUCCCUGGUACCUCUGUUAGAUUUCCCGCAUAUGCUUCACAUCGUGUCGGUGUCGGUGCUUUUGUUUUCAAUGACAAGAGGGAGGUGCUUGUGGUUCAAGAAACCAGUGGUAAAUUUGGAGGCACGGGUGUAUGGAAGAUACCUACUGGAGUUGUUGAUGAAGGUGAGGAUAUUUGCAAUGCUGCAAUUAGAGAAGUUAAGGAAGAGACAGGGAUAGAGACGAAGUUUGUUGAAGUUUUAGCAUUCAGGCAAAGCCAUAAAUCUUUCUUCCAGAAAUCAGAUUUGUUCUUUGUUUGCAUGUUGCAACCUCAAUCCUCUGACAUUCAACGUCAGGCCUCAGAAAUUGAAGCAGCUAAGGAAAUCUCUACCGUCCUUCAGAAACCGAUUAGGGUUGUGUAUCCAGAGGACUCUUCAAACAUAAAUAAUUUGCCUCAUGAUAUACUUACUGAGCAAGGGAAACAACAUAUUGAAUCUCCUAGCGAAGUAAACAAUAAAGGACCUGUGUUACAAAAAACCAUCAAGCAUAAUGGCAAAACAUCAUCUGUUGCUCUGGUACGGAAACUAAAGGAUCAGCUCAUCCAAGCUAAAGUUUAUCUUUCCCUUCAGAAAAUAAAGAAAAUUCCCUAUCUCACUCGGGAGCUUCAGUUACGGGUAAAGGAAAUUUCACGAACACUUGGAGAUGCAAGCAAAGAUUCUAGCUUGCCAAAGAAUGCAAACGAGAGAAUGAAGGCAAUGGAGCAAUCAUUGAUGAAAGGAAGAAAAAUUCAAAAUGAUUGUGCCACAGCUGCGAAGAAGCUUAGGGCUAUGAUCCACUUAUCAGAGGAUAAGCUUCGAGCACACGAGAAAAAGAACUUGUUCUUAACACAGUUGACAGCAAAGACACUGCCUAAAGGUCUCCAAUGUCUUUCGCUGCGCCUUACAUCUGAAUAUUAUAACUUGAAUUCUUCUCAGCAAGAAUUCCCCAAUCAAGAGAACAUAGAAGAUCCUGGACUAUACCAUUAUGCAAUAUUCUCGGAUAACAUAUUGGCAACAGCCGUUGUUGUGAAUUCUACUGCUGCCCAUGCUAAGGAUGCCUCAAAACAUGUUUUCCACAUUGUUACUGAUAGGCUCAAUUAUGCGGCAAUGAGGAUGUGGUUUCUGGCGAAUCCACCUAGAAAGGCGACAAUUCAAGUUGAGAAUAUUGAAGAUUUUUCGUGGUUGAAUUCGAGUUAUAGUCCAGUUCUUAAGGAACUAGAUUCUCCUUAUAUGAUUAAUUAUUACUUGAAAACUCCUUUUGAUUCUAAACUCAAGUUUCGGAAUCCCAAGUAUUUAUCUAUUUUGAAUCACCUCCGCUUCUACUUGCCAGAGAUAUUCCCAAAGCUCAAGAAAGUUCUGUUUUUGGAUGAUGAUGUAGUUGUGCAGAAGGAUCUUACUGAUCUUUGGUCAAUUACUUUGAAGGGUAACAUAAAUGGUGCUGUCGAAACUUGUACAAAAAAAUUCCAUCGAUUUGAUAGUUACCUUAACUUCUCAAAUCCUCUUGUUGCAAAGAAUUUUGACCCUCGUGCUUGUGGAUGGGCAUAUGGUAUGAAUGUUUUUGAUUUAGUCGAAUGGAAGAAGCAAAACAUCACAGAGGUGUACCACAAUUGGCAGAAGCUGAAUCAUGAUAGACAACUAUGGAAGUUAGGAACACUGCCACCUGGUCUUAUAACAUUCUGGAAACGCACGUUCCCGCUGAACCGAUCUUGGCAUGUCUUAGGUCUUGGCUACAACCCCAAUGUCAACCAAAAAGAUAUUGAAAGGGCUGCUGUAAUUCACUAUAACGGAAACUUGAAACCGUGGCUGGAGAUAAGUAUACCGAAGUUUAAAGGUUAUUGGACGAAGUAUGUUGAUUAUGAGAGUGAGUAUUUGCGAGAAUGCAAUAUCAAUCAAUAAUAGGUCUCACAGUACCUUUAAACGUUUAAGUUUCUUGGUCUUAAGGCUCUUAGCUAUAGGUUGCAAUUCCAUCUGUGUAAAGAUUUAUUUAUUUAUUUAUCAUUCUUUUUGUAUA